AUGUACGAGCUCAACGAGAGCAGCUUCGACCCCAUCACCUUUGUCCUGACGGGCAUCCCGGGCAUGGAGGAGUCCCACGUCUGGAUCUCCGUCCCCUUCUGCCUGAUGUACCUCACGGCCGUGCUCAGCAACCUGCUGCUGCUCUUCGUCAUCGCCACGGACCGCAGCCUCCACGAGCCCAUGUACCUGUUCCUGGCCAUGCUGGCCCUCUCCGACCUGCUGCUGUCCACCACCACCGUGCCCAAAAUGCUGGCCAUCUUCUGGUUCGGCGCCAGGGAGAUUUCCUUCGACGCCUGCAUCACGCAGAUGUUCUUCACCCACUUCAGCUUCAUCGUGGAGUCCUCGGUGCUGCUGGCCAUGGCCUUCGACCGCUACGUGGCCGUGUGCGCCCCGCUGCGCUACGCGGCCAUCCUGACGCCCUCGGCCAUCGCCAAGGUGGCGGCGGCCGCCGUGGCCCGCGGCUGCUGCAUCAUGUUCCCGCCCGUCUUCCUGCUGAAGCGGCUGCCCUACUGCGGGCACAACGUCAUGCCCCACACCUACUGCGAGCACAUGGGCAUCGCGCGCCUGGCCUGCGCCGACAUCCGCGCCAACGUGUGGUACGGGCUGACCACGGCGCUGCUCUCCUCGGGCCUGGACGUGGUGCUCAUCGCCGCGUCCUACGCGCUGAUCCUGCGCGCCGUGUUCCGCCUGCCGUCCCCCGCCGCCCGCCUCAAAACGCUCAGCACCUGCGGCUCCCACCUCUGCGUCAUCCUCAUGUUCUACGUGCCCGCCUUCUUCUCCUUCCUCACGCACCGCUUCGGCCGCCAGAUCCCCAGCCAGGUGCACAUCCUGCUGGCCAACCUCUACGUGGUGGUGCCGCCCAUGCUGAACCCCAUCGUGUACGGGGUGAGGACCAGGCAGGUCCGGGAGCGCGUCACCCGCCUGCUCUGCCCCGCGGGCGCCGAGCGUGCCUGCAGGGCCUGA